AUGCCCCGUUCUUUAGCCCUCUUCUUCGUUGCAUCGGUUUUGGCCGGGGUGUUGGGGCAGAAUGUGACCGUGCUGCGUGACGCGCUCUCUGCGAGUGGUGUGCAAGCCGUUUACCCCACAGACUCGACCUAUUCGUCCGUCACCAAAGCUUUCAAUAGGCGAUAUACGGUCUCCCCCGUAGCAGUCGCCUUUCCAACAAACGACCAACAAGUUUCGGCCGCCGUUGCAGCUGGUCAUGCUCAAAAUAUACCAGUCGUGGCUCGUAGCGGAGGCCAUUCUUACAUCGCCAAUGGGUUGGGUGGAACUAGUGGAGCACUGGUAGUCGAUCUCAGCAAGAUGAAGUCGAUCUCGGUUCGCUCUUCCAAUAAUACUGCUCUAAUCCAAACUGGAAAUCGACUGGGUGAUGUCGCUCUCGCUCUGAAUGCCGCUGGCCGUGCCCUCCCACAUGGCACUUGCAGUUACGUUGGCAUCGGAGGCCACAGUGGAUAUGGCGGCUUCGGUUUCUUCAGCCGAGCUAAAGGUCUGACGCUUGACACCAUCCGGUCCGCAACUGUAGUUCUGGCGAAUGGGACGAUCGCUUCAGCGUCUUCGACGGUCAAUUCCGAUUUGUUUUGGGCAAUCCGUGGUGCUUCCCCCUCAUUUGGGAUUGUAACCUCCAUCGAGGUCUCAACCUUCCCUGCUCCAUCAUCAGUCACUGUUUUCCAGUACGGAUGGGACAGUCUUGACAUUACCACUGCAUCGAAUGCGAUCUCGGCGCUCCAGACCUACGCAACGACAAACAUUCCCGCCGAGCUUGGUGCUGAGCUUGUGUUUGCACCUGGCUCCUCCAGUUCUCAUGUUUACAUGGGCUUGACCGGCGCAUACUAUGGUUCUGGCGAUCUGUCUGCCAUUCUUUCCCCUUAUCUCUCCAAGCUGCCCAAGUCUUCGUGGUCAACAAUCACUCCCGGAAGCUACAUUGCCAGUGUCACGACCUUUGCUAGCCCGGACCCACUCAAUACGACCACCAGGGCUGAUGGCUCUGACACAUUCUACACGGCCAGCGUUAUGACGCCUCAAGGCUCACCGAUGUCGGCGGCUGCAAUUAAAGCCUUCGUUACCUACAUGGCUGUCCAGGGUUUUUCGGCUUCCACAGACUGGUUUGUGGAGGUAGAACUGUGGGGAGGGUCAAACUCUCAAAUCAACGCAAUCGCACUUGAUUCGACAGCGUUCUCCAAGCGUGACACGCUAUUCGCGAUCCAGCUCUACGCGUCGUCCAGCAAUGCCAGCCCACCCUACCCAUCAGACGGCGUGUCGUUCAUCAAGAACAUGGCCAACUCUAUCGUCUCCAAUAGCCCUUCGGGAUGGAGUUACGGAGCUUACUUGAAUUAUGCUGACGAUCAACUUGCGAAUGCCAACUCGCUCUACUAUGGAUCGCACUAUUCACGUCUCCAGUCUAUCAAACGAAGCAUUGACCCAGCCAACACGUUCCGUUUCCCGAUUGGCGUCUCUGUGUGA